UGAUCAACUCUCUAUCUAGCCGAGCCAUCCAGAGCAGCCAGCUAAGUCUCUGUGGCUGUCAGCUUAACUCUGUUGCUGGCUCCUGUGGGGUAGGGGAGUUAAAUAGGACACAGACUCGGAGAAGAGCAAGCCUCUUUGCUGGGAGUCAAGGAGGCAGAGAAAGAGAAGAAAGGUAGAAUUUGCCCAGAGCCAGGCUGGGAAGCAGAGCAUCUCCAGAUUAGCCACAUUACUGUUCAGUUCUGCAAGAACGUGUGCCAGCCUGGCUGGCAGGCACAAGGCACAAGACCGUGGGGAAAACAGCAACCAUCAUGUUGUCUCUGAGUGGAGGCUACUGGUGGAGCAACAGGCUUUCCCUGAGAUGGAGAAAAACCAGCUUGCUUGCCUGUUGGCUUUCAUUCUGUGCAGCCGAGUCCCUCAUUGCUUGUCCCUCCCUUUGCAAGUGCAACAGCGAUACUCUAGUGGUGGACUGUAGUGGCUUGGGUCUUUCAUCCAUCCCCUUGGACAUACCUACAAAUACCAGGACCUUCCUUUUCCUCAAUAACCAACUCAGCACCUUGCCUGGACAAACAUUUUCCAAUUUCUCUGCUCUCCAGAGACUGGAUCUUUCGAACAACUUCUUAGGUCAACUUCCUGAGAAUAUUUUCAGAGAUCUAGUGAACCUUACUGAACUACAGCUGAGGAACAACAGUAUCAGGAGCUUGGACAAAGAUCUUCUGCAGAACACUGUUCUUCUGCAUCAGCUGGACCUCUCCAUUAAUGGGCUUGCUCAAAUCCCCUCAGGCAUCUUUGAUGACCUCUCCUCUCUCCACUGGCUCUCCCUCAGGUCAAACCGCCUGCGGAAUUUGGACAGGGUGACCUUUGAGCCAUUAGUUAGCCUGCAGCAGUUGAAAGUGGGAGACAACCCCUGGGAAUGUGACUGUAACCUGAGAGAUUUCAAAUACUGGAUGGAAUGGUUUUCUUACCGAGGAGGAAAGAUAGACCAGCUGGCAUGUACCCUGCCUAAGGAGCUACGGGGGAAAGAUAUGCGCAUGGUACCCAUGGAGAUGUUUAACUACUGUUCCCAGCUGGAGGAUGAGAACAGCUCUACUGUACUGGACAAUAUUGGCCCUCCUUGCAGUAAAGGAACCCCAUCUGUUCCCAAACCUAAAACAAGUCCUGAACCAGAAGAGGAGGCCAACGUGGGUUGUCCCCAGAAACAAAGAUAUCGGCCUGUCAGCGUGCGCCGAGCCAUUGGCACGGUCAUCAUAGCUGGGGUGGUUUGUGGCAUCGUGUGUAUUAUGAUGGUAGUGGCAGCAGCAUAUGGCUGUAUCUAUGCAUCUCUCAUGGCUAAGUACCAUCGGGAGCUGAAAAAGAGGCAGCCGUUAAUGGGUGACACAGAGGGUGAACAUGAGGAACAAAAGCAGAUCUCCUCUGUGGCAUGAAUAUCUUCUUGGAAAUUAGUGGCAGAAGAGAACAGGCUACGAGAGAGGCCUUGGUCCUGGGCAUUUCCACAUCUUUUCAGACACACAGAUAAACUGUGCUGCUGUUCCAUUCAUCCAAUUAGUAAAACAUGCUUCUGGGUUCAGAACACCUGGCUCUGGGUUUAGUCCCUCUCACUUGCCUCUGCCCUCAUGUACUUGCAAGUGAAUAAACUGUAGUCAGACUUUAAGUGCUUCUCAUUUUUCCUCCUUGCAC